AUGGAUCGCCAGCAUCCACCGCCAUGCCACUUCUUCGCACGAGGACGUUGCCGGAAUGGCGACUCCUGCGGGUUCCGACACGACAAGCCGAGUGACGAUGCAACCAUUGCAGCAGCACCAACGCUGCCUCCCUCCGUCGGGCCGGCAGCCCCUGUCCGUGCAUGGGUCCCUUGCAAGUUUUUUCAGCGAGGACGCUGUUUGAACGGUGCGGACUGCGUGUUUUCGCACGAGGUUCCCGUAGCAGAGGCGAGCGGCGACGACGGACCCGCUGACACGGACAAGGACGAGGAGGACGACGGGUGUCGCGUGCUGGGCGGUGCUGUGGUCACGUUUGGGGCUGGGGCGACUGUCGCCAAAGUGCGGUUUGCCUCGGACUUCUCCGCGGUGCGCAUGCAGGGCCUGCCGGCGACGUCGACACCGGACUCGGUCGCUGCUCUGCUACUCCGUCUUGUCCCACCGGAGCACGCCCUGCUGGUGAGGGACGCCGACAUACGCGUCAUCCCCCCCUCCAACGACGAACCGGGACACUGCCAGGCCGACGUACAGGUCGAGGAUCCGCAGUUUGCGACGCGGCUGUGCACGGCGCUGUCAAAGGCCGGCAACGAUGGGAUGUCGGCCGUCGCCGUCAGCAGCAACAUUGCGCUCACGGCGGCCGCCGCAGCAGCUGCCGCGAGCACGAGCCUGGGACGCGUGGACUCGAAAAAGGUGUUUGUCUCGUGGCACAAGCCGACGCAGAUGGUGUGGCUCGAGUUUGCGACCCGAGCCGCCGCAAACACGGUUGCAGAGCGGUUUCGGACCGGUAUCUACACAGUCUGUGGCCAGAAAUGCCUGGUCAAGUACAGCACCACGGGAUCGUUUCGCCGGACCCGGUCCGGUGGAACCACUGUGUACACCGUCACACUGGGCGAUGUGCCCGACCAGGCGGCCGCACGGGACGUUACGCAGCAGAUUGGCGACCGUCUCCUGCGCCUGCAGGUCAAUAUGCAGUCCACGCCCGCUGGCGCGGGUGCCGACUUUGCCACGGCGAGCGCGUCCAUCCAGUCGCUGCUUCUCGGUGCUGGCCCGCUCGAGUGGUCGGAGAACAGCACCGGGGCGCUGGCCGCGGGCAAGCGGUACAAGGCGACGGCGCGGUACGUAUACGAGGCGGACGCCGCCCGCGCCGUCGACCUGUUCCACAACAAGCCGCUGCCCCUGAACGAGCGCGACACGCUCACCGUGCAGCUCGUCCACACGGCGCGGCUCAAGGUCGCCGACACUGUCUACGGUGCCGUGGCCAGCACCGUCACGGACCAUGCCGUCCACGACUGGAAGCCUCGCCACGUCAAUUUCACCGCGUUUCCAGCCAACAACGGGUUCCGCGUGCUGAAAGUCGAGGGCACGGUGCGGCACGACGUGGCGACGGCCAAAGCCACGCUCGAAACGGUCGUGGCCGGCGCCCUGGCCGUCGACCCGUCACUCGACCACAACGGCCCGCCCACGCCGCUCUGGCUGCCGGAAUUUUCGUCUCGGAGCGGCACAGGCGACAGGGGCGUGCGCAUCCGCGGGCAGCUCAAGGCCCUGGAGAAGAAGCAUCUUGUGGCGUUCCUCUACGACUGGCGACGGUGUGAGCUGCGUGUGGUGGGCACGCGGGAGCGCCAGCGACGAACCAUCGACGGCGUGGCGGCCCUGGUCCACGCCGUGGCCCGGCCGACACAACCGACACAACCGGCAAACGGUCCAGAGACCAAAGAUGUGGCCAUCGCACUGGACCGCGCGCAGCUCGCGUGGGCCGCGCAGGGUGGGCUACGGGCCAUUGCGGAGGCCGUCGGGCCCGACAAGGCGCGGAUGGACAUUGUGUCGACGCCGAAGCGGAUCCUCGUGGUGUCCUGCAGUGCAAGCGAGCACCAGACAAUCUUGGCGAUGGUGCGCGGGCUGCAAAAGGUGCCACCCAUGACUGCCGUGGCGGUGACUGCCGCCGACGUUGUACCCGCCACCUGCGCCGUCUGCUGGGGCGAGGCCGAGAACGCCGUCCGCACGCCAUGCCAGCACUGGUACUGCCGUGACUGCUUUGGCGAGAUGUGCCAGGCCGGUGCGGAGUCCGCCCCGGGGAUCCGGUGCGUAGGCGACGCGGCCACGUGCGACACGCUGCUGGCGCUGCCGACCCUGGAGGCACACCUGUCGUCGGUGGUGCUCGAAACCGUGCUGGAAUCUGCCUUCCGGGCCUACGUCGUCCGCCACACCGACGCCCUGCGGAACUGCCCGACGCCCGACUGCGGGCAGAUCUACCGCGUGUCAAAGACGGCCGCGUCGGCCGCCACAACGCUCUUUACCUGCCCUGCGUGCAUCGCGCCCGUCUGUCGGGCCUGCCAUGUGGCGCACGAGGGUCUCAGCUGUGCCGAUCACCGGGAAUGGGCCUCGGGUGGCUACGCCGCGCUGGAAAAGGCGAAACGAGAACUUGGUAUCAAGUCGUGUCCAAAGUGCUCCACCUUGAUCGAAAAGCGUGACGGCUGCAACCACAUCUCGUGCUCGUGCGGCGCACACAUCUGCUGGGUCUGUCUCGGCGUGUUCAGUAAGGAUCACAUCUACCCACAUAUGAGGAAAGUUCACGGGGGUUUGGGUAUAGAUGUGCCCGACGAGUGA